UGUAGUUGUAGGGUUUUAUUCCAAAGCGGCAACGCGCUACGUACUAUACAGUUACCAAAUCACAUUCUCUCUCUAGGGUUUACUUUCUCUCUCUUUCUCCUAGGGUUUCUGCGAUGGAUCUAACGAAGAAACGCAAGGCAGAUGAGAACGGCGGUGCUUAUCCUGUAUCUAACGAACUCGUUACCGCCGCCGCUCCUCCGGCACUCGGCGUUCUCUCCCCCGAAGACAUCGACAGAAUUCUCGAACCGUUCACGAAAGACCAGUGCAUCUCAAUCCUCCGUAACGCCUCCCUUCGUUACCCCGAUAUCCUCGAAGCUGUUCGUUCCAUCGCCGAUGCCGACGUCUCUCAGCGCAAGCUUUUUGUCCGUGGUCUUGGUUGGGAGACCACUACCGACAAGCUCAAACAGGUUUUUUCUGCAUACGGAGAACUCGACGAGGCCAUAGUUAUAACCGACAAGGCCUCGCAGAAAUCAAAAGGCUAUGGUUUUGUAACUUUCAAGCAUGUGGAUGCGUCGAUUCUUGCUUUAAAGGAGCCCAACAAGAAAAUUGAUGGCCGUAUUACGGUGACACAGCUGGCAGCUGCAGGUAAUGCGGGGAAUUCACAGUCUGCUGAUGUGGCGCUUAGGAAGAUCUAUGUUGGUAAUGUUCCAUUUGAGAUUACGUCUGAGAAGCUUUUGAAUCACUUUUCCAUGUACGGAGAGAUUGAAGAGGGGCCUUUGGGAUUUGAUAAACAGACUGGAAAGGCAAAAGGUUUUGCGUUUUUUGUGUACAAGACUGAGGAAGGAGCAAGGGCGUCUUUGGUUGAUCCUGUGAAGACGAUUGAUGGACAUCAGGUGUUGUGCAAAUUGGCGACGGAUAAUAAGAAGGGGAAGCCCCAACAUAAUAUGGGGCCUGGUGGAAUGUCCAAUACUGGACAUCCUACAGGAAUGCCUGGUGAUGAUAGGGUUGGAACGAUGCCUGGUUCUAAUUAUGGUGUUCCUGUAAGCGGGUUGGGUCCGUAUCCUGGGUAUUCAGGUGUGCCUGGUCCAGGAAUGCAGCAGCCACCGCCUCAGCCUGGAAUGGUGGCACAUCAGAAUCCACAUCCUGUUGGACCUGGAUAUGGAAACCAAGGACCGGGUUCUUUUACUGGCAGUGCUGGUGGAUAUGCUGGCGCUGGUGGGUAUGGUGGUGGUGCAGGGGAUUACACUGGUGGACUUGGAAAUGCUGGUUACAGGAUGCCACAAAGUUCUGCUGGAAUGCCUAGUUCAGGAGGUUAUCCAGAUGGUGGUAAUUAUGGAUUACAGUCGGGUUAUCCCUCACAGGUACCACAACCAGGAGGAGCAGUGGCCAGGGUUCCACCAGGUGGGAUGUACCAGGGCAUGCCCCCAUACUACUGAGGUGUAUUGAGAGCUUCUUGGACGCAACAUGCUUUAAAUGGUUGUGCUGAUUUCCUGAUUGCAGACUCUGAAAUCUUUGUUGCCAUGGACUGCUGUACAUCUGUUGCUGCUUCACCUAUCUGCUCCUAUGUGUGGCUGUUAGUUAAUAUUUGCUAGAUUCAAGCUAGGACUAGGUUACUUUAAAAAUUGCUGUAUCUUUUGUUUAGUGUAUUGUGGAUUAUGUCAGUUUUGCUAUCUAAUAUUACCCGUACUUCCCGUUUCUUGUAUGUUUCUUAUCUGGCAAUCUUUCUAAAUGAUCUUUCUAAUGAUCUGGAGAAUAUGGCGUUCUUCUAAGUCUUCUAUCAUGUUAUAUGAUAGCCAUUAUUGGCUUAGCUUUUUUAUAUGUAGACUAUGAAGGAUCUUUAUAUUCGAUGAUCUGAAACAAAAUAUUCGAUGCAAACAAAAUCUCUAUAUUAUUUUAAUUUUAAUUAUAGUAUUUUAAAAUAAAAACAAUACUAAUUCAUACAUAUCUGGAGCGGUGAUUGGAAGAUUGAGAAGCACAAAAGUUUUGUGGUAUUAAGUUCUAAAAUGAACACCGUGUGACUGUACUGCAUUUUCUAGUUGUCUCAAUAACUAGUGAAGAGAAGGGUCUUUUUUGAUGCUGUCAGUCACUGAUUUGAAUCGAUAAUCUGAAGCAAGGGCAAUAUAUUCAUAUUGUUUUUAUCAGAAUUAUGUCCAUAAACAUCUGGACUGGUGUUAGGGAGACUGGAAACUUGCAAAUGUUAUGUGGUAUCAAGAACCAAAAUCUGCUGUUUGCCAAUUUGCCUGCAUUUUUUAGCUGUCUCAAUAACCGGUGGCAUAGCUAUCACUUGUCGAAACAGAAAAGAAGAAAAUGAAAACUCUAGUUUGUUUUUCCUUUAAAUCCACCUUGUUUGGAAUUAUUGGAAUAUACUCCAGGAAAAAAUCCACUUAUUUUUGGGGAAUUAUCUCAUUAUUUGUUCUACCAUCUGAAGAUCCUUGUUACUUUUCUUCCUCUCCUAAUUUCCUUGUUUUCUUUUGUGGGUGAACUUGGGAAAGGGAGAUAGUGUGAAGUCAGUCGGGUUAACAAACACGUAAUGCAAGUGCGUCUCUGUGUGUGUGUUGUCUUGUGGGCGGGUGGUUUGAUGUAUCAGUGACUUGAGCUUAGCAGAAUCCUGUCUACAUCACUAUGCUGUUGCUGUUUCCAGGAUUUGUGUUCGAUUGAACCUAAUACUAGCUUUGUACUUGCUCCAAAUUGAACAUGUGUCAUUUGUGUCAUAGUUUUGGCUUUCACCAUUUCUCAAGCAUACUGGAUCUAUUUUCAGCUUAUUUGGUGGUUCCUGUUCAUGAUUUGCACUGUAUUUAGAUCUAUUAUUGAAUCUAAGUGGUGAUGCCUGUUAAAUUCCUAUACAUAAUCAGAAAGUGAUUGCUUGUUCUUUGAAAUUGAAAUCAAGAUGGUUAUCUAUUCCUGCUAUGGUCUGUGGUCUACCCUGGUUGGCAUGAGGGCAUAGAAUUAGUUUUGUUGUGAUUUCGACAUGCUAUUGGAAACAAGUUCCUAUUUUCAUCUUUCAUUGGCGCUGCUUGAGCAAUGUUCCUGGAAUUGUAUUAGAUUUAAUUCGCAGUCAAAAGGAUUAUGGAACAUACCAAUUUCUUGCUUAAGGUCACGUGUUGUAUUCACUUUUAAAAAGUAUUUCCAAAUUGGAAACUAGAUGUGUCAGAAACAAAGUUCUCACCCGUCUCAGUCUAAAGUUUGAUUUUUUGGAUUUAAAUAAAUAUUUCUUUGGCGGUUGCCAUCUAAAUCCUAAGUAAGUCCUUGAUGUCAUGAUGCAUGUCUCCGAUUGUAAUUGCAAAGGUUAUGCCUAGAUUUUUUUUGUUUUUUGUUUCUUAACCCAAUUGAGUUCCUCUGCUGCCUACCCUGCUGAUGUGAAAGUGUAGUCACCAGAACAAAAUCCUUUUCCUUGUUGUUUGGUGGCUCUCCACUCACCAUUGCAGAGAUGCGAUGGGGGUGGGGAGAGUGAAAGCUAUGUUGCAGGUACCGAGGUAUUGAAUUCUAACAUAAUGACGGCUGCUAAUUUGGCGAAGAUCAAGGUGCGGUAGAUGAGGAAAAUGCUGAAUGGUGGGACGACCUGGCUCGAAGGCCAUAAAAGAAAUUUGUUGUACUAGAUCUAGGACUCUAUUGUUGUACACUUUGAGCAAUAAGAAUAAAAUGUCAAAAGUUAGUUAA